UUGAACGGUGAAGAGAAAAUGUAGAAGCAAAUUUCAAGUUUGUUUCAAGUUGAAUAACUAGGAGAAAAUAGGAAGGUCGUAGCAUAUGUGUUUGGCCGAGUGGAUUAGGGCGCAGGCUAACGGGUGGGGUAUUCGAAAUUAGGGGUAGGGUUCGAGUCCACCACUUGAAAACUUUUUAUUUUUUCUGUCUUUUUGUUUUAUUUUUCUCUAAAAAAUUAAAAAUAUCUUUCAAUCGGUAAAAAUAUUUUUUUAAUAUGACAGUGGACUAGAAUUAGUAAUUUAAUUGAAUUAAACACAAAUAAUCCGUUAAAUUCUACUCAACUUCUGUUAAAUCUUUUUAAAAUUAAUUUGAUUGAUUUUUAUAGUAAGACGUCGGAUCCUUUAAUUAUUCGAACGGGUAAUCUACAAAAAAUUUUAAGGCGCUUGUUAUCGGUUUUUUACUUUCUAAUUUUUCACCGCAAAAUUUUUGGCACCAAACAGUCCAUUUUUGUUGAACACUCAAAUUUUCGCACUGAAACAGUCGUAUAAAUGUACUUUGGUUACUAUAAAAGCCCAAUUUUAUCUCACUCGUUCUCCCCCCUCUCAAUUGUGACCAAAACCUUUUUCGUAUUCUUCAAGAAUUAUGUUCGCUUUUGCUGGAGUGUAUGUCCCGUUAUUGUUUCAUUUGUUUCUCCUUUCAUCCUCCCAAGUCAACACGGUUGUGAACUACAAUGUAAACAACAACAACAGUACCGAGCCUGUUUUAACAACAGAAUCUUCAAGUUCUGUUGAUGGUGGUAUUCAAAGUACGACGACUGAAUGGGAAGAAGAAGAUGGUAAGGUGAUGGGGGGUUUCAACUAG